AGCUCCUGCCUCCAGGAUCCUGCCCUGUUUGAGUUCCUGCCCUGACUUCCUUCAGUGAUGAACAGCAAUGUGGAAGUGUAAGCUGAACAAACCUGUGUCUUGGUCAUGUUGUUUGGUCAGAGUGAUAGAAACCCUAAGACACAGGGGCUCCCCAGAGCAAACAGAAAGAGACUAGCCAUACCAGCACACUCUAGGUUUGAUUGAGAGGUUCUACUUCAUUAAAUAAGGUGGAAGAAUGAUCUAGAAUGAUUCCUGAUAUCUACCUCCAUAUGCAUGUACACUGUGUGUCCUCACCCCCACCCCACAUUAAAAAAAAAAAUCAAGACUAUAUCGUGAGUUCAAGGCCAGCCUUGGCUACAUCGACCUUGAAAACCCACGGACCGGGGAUAAAGUUGUGGUCCUACCUGCUGCGCCAUCUCACUCCCUUUUUUGUUUUUCACUUAGUGAGUUUUUAAAUUACACCAAUUACGCAUUACUUACUGAUUUCUGGGGUGUGCCAGAUUAAGCUGUUUACUGUUAUUUAUUUACCUCUUUCAGUAUGUAGCCCAGGCUGGCUCCACGGCCCUAGCAUACGGUAUUACAGGCAUGGGUCACUGCAUUCUGUUCAGGCUAGCUUUGACAACUUCAGAAACCUGAACAUCGGAGCCAGGAGGUAUAGCUCAGCAGACACUGUGGGAGAUGGCGAGAGUCCUUGACUCAAAACCAAAACAGGCAACAAAACACACCCCAACAGCGGCAAGAACAAACCAACCCUGCGAUGUGGUGCUUAGUGCACAGUUAACAAGAGAGGUGUGGAGAGAGAGCUCGAGCUCGGGAGCAGCAGACAGAAUCACAGCCUGGACCACAGAGCGAGGCCCGGCCUCAAAAACAAAGACGACUCAGCGGGUCCUGCUGCUGCCUGUGCGCGCGGCUGCACGUGAAGAAGGGAAGCGUUUUUGCAGCUCUGCUUCCGCACACUUGUCCCAGAGGGCAUGAAACUUUACUUUUUGACUCGUCCAUCACUUUUUUUUUCUUUUAUAAUUUCUUCUAAGCACAUCCCACAUUGUGGGAUGAGAGCUGGGGGUUAACCGAGCCUGCAGCUUCAGCAGGAACAGCUCGUGUUCUGGAGGUCAACCCGGGCUAGACCGUUUGGUACGGUCUGAGGUUCCCCCUCCCCUUCCCGCGAAGGUGGUUGCUCCCACACGGCCCGGAAGUGCUCGCGACGGGUCCCGGGGGUGGACUGGUGGCGGGACAUGGAGGUGCGGGGCCGUGUGGACAGUCCGAGCGGAGCACUGGCGUCUGCCGAGCCGGUUCCGGCUUCGGUGACCCUGGCGCAGCUCCUGCAGCUGGUCCAGAAGGGCCAGGAGCUCCCGGGUCUGGAGAAACGCCACAUCACUGCGAUCCACGGCGAACCCACGGCGUCGCUGCUCCCGCGGAGGCCCAAGCCCUGGGAGGACGCGGGCUCGGCCGCAUCGGCCCGCACCGCCGCCCUAGACGCGCGCACGCAGUCCCUGACCGUCGGGGAGCCGGCCUGGGUCAGCCCAGCGGCCCAGCUCGGCCGAGGCCCGGCAGAUGCCUGAGCUCGAGGGCUUUUACCGCCGAGAUCCGGAGGGCGGGACUGGGUCCUGCAAGAACCUGAGAGUCUGGACAGCUGCCACCCUUACGCAUCUUUCUGCAUCUGCGCUGACCUGUCUCAACCGGACCCAGUCUUCCCGGGAGACUCAACGUUGCCCAGGAAUUUUGGGUUUGGACGCUGAAUUUCAACUGCAUACCGUGUUCUAGUCCGUCCGUGUAAUUGAAAAAGCCUGUUUUACCACCUUCAGUCUGUUUCACUUGUCACAGUAACCUCCUGGGCCACCUUCUAAUGAUACUGAUAAAGUAAACCCGAGAACCAAGUCA